AUGACAGAGAGAGGUCACAGGCGUGGCGCGGGUGCUCCGUUCUACGCGCCCCCACGACGCAAGACAUCCGCCGAGAUUAUCUCCGAAGCGCGGGCGGCUAUUUUUGAUGAAUCGGGCGGUGAUGGCGGCUCAGGAGGUUCAGGGGCCCUAAGGCCGUUGCGCACGCGGCGACCUUACACGCCGCGCGAGCCCCAGCGCACGCUUUUCACUGAGCGCGCGCGAAAACGCGACGCGAGACCGCCGAGCGCAUUCGACCUUAAAUAUUUGAGUCUAUCGGAAGACGGCGAAGGAACUGAACUAAGCGCAUCAACUCCCCACACUUUCGAAGAGGUGGCGCAGAACACAACUGAAACUAAACAUGCACCCAAAAAGGAAACUUUGUCGCGUCACCAGCCUCGAUCUACCGGCGAGCGUUCUGACGGCAUCACAUGGAGCGCCUUCACAAAGCUGCCACACUUGAGUGGUAGAAGCAAACCGCUGCAUCGGCGAAAUACCACUGGGCAACUGGCAGUGGAUGGAACUCCUGUUGUGUCAAAUCUGUCGCAGGCUAUUUCAGUGACAAGGCCUUUAGAUAUAAAUCUCAGUGAAGCAUCUAAUGCUGGACUGUCGAACGAGGCUCUCGGUACCAAAUCAGUCGUUUCGGACUCGACUGCCAACAAACGAAGGAACUUCGCGAACAUGAAGUCUACGUCCUUCGACGGUGCGUCCGCCCUUGGAGACAUUCCUGUCAAACACUUGGCACUUCAGCUGCCUAACGCGUCAUUGGACAAUUAUGAGAGUAUGACUACGUUGGAACUCGCCGAGGCGCUGGCGACGCAGCGCUCGAACGAUCCAGAGAAGGUGCUGCUUCUAAUGGAACCGCUGCAAAGCGUUCUGGAGAGGACGUUGCCAUCCACCAACUUGAGGGAGCUGGUCCUGCGCUCGUUCUACGUCCAUAUCGACAGCGCAGAUGAGCGGGUGCUGGUGGCCAUAGCGAGGGCUAUGCUGACGAUGCGGGUGACCGGUAAACAUUUGGCAGCGGCGUGUAAACUGGUGUUCAAAAUUGCCAGAAACGAUAAGAACGACCACUUCUUCAGGAACAGCAAUCUAUUGGAGCUGUUGGUAGAGGGGUGCGGGAGAGCGGACCCACUAGCUGAGAGCGAAUGCUGCGUGUACGGCGCGGGCGCUUUGCGCUUCCUGGCAUUGGAGCCCAGGCUAUGCACUCUCGCCCACAAGGCCGGAGCCCUGCACCUGGCCGCGUUGCAUCUGAAGAUACUGAACAACGCGAAGACGGAGAGGCCUCGACAAGUGCAGGAGCAGGCUACGCACGCACUAUACCAGUUGACUGGUGCUCUACGGAACCUCGCGAGCGGGGGGUCGAAGGCGGCUAGUGCGUUUGUUUCGAGUGGUGCACUCGCAGAACUUCUCUCAGCCUUGACACUGCACACCGAUCGUGAUGUGCUCACUAACGUUGCACGUUGCCUGAGCGUGCUGUCGGCGGAAGGACCCUGCUGUGAGUGGCUUUGCGCUUGCCCUGCUAGCGGGGGGGCUCUAUUGAGGGCGCUCGCCGCUUGCGCCCCCCGCGCCCCCCUCGCCGUCCGCCUCGCCUACACGCUCGGCAACAUGGCCGCCGCCGACGAGCGCGCCAGGAUUAACAUUUAUAACGAAGUUGGCGGCGUGGACGUGCUUCUGACCAUAUUGGAAUCUUACACGAAACGCAACGAACGUGAAUCAAAGGAUCAAGAAACUGAUCCCGACCUGCAUUUAGUUGGUUCGGAUCUCGGUGAUUCAGAUGGUUCCAAUGAGGACGUCCUUAUUAAGACCGUUCGGGUAGUUGCCAACUUGUGUCUCGCUGAGUUGGCCGGGCGCGGCAUAGCGGCUCAUCACGCCGAGCGCACUGUCAAAGCAUUACUUGAAUGUUUGGAUCUAUCUGAACGGGCUCAUGACAAACGGAUCUCGGACACGGAGGAAAAGGAGUUUGACGGCUACAUGUCGCGAAGGGAGGAGCUUGCCACGGCCGCUCUCGCUACGCUAAACAACAUCACUUUCUACCUAGAAGUCGCCGAACCCUUAGAUCCAUUAGACGGUACACUGGAGCAGCUUUGCAGAGCCAGCUGCCGUUGGCUGCGGAAGGAUGGUGACGGCGCGAGCUUGGCCGCGUGCGAAGCUGUAAGGGUACUCGGCAACUUGUCGCGGUCGACGAGGGCCGCGCGAUAUCUAGUGCUUGAAGGCGCGCUGGACGCACUGCCCCCGUUUCAGGAGCACGCGGACGCGAGCGUGCGGUACGCGGCUGCUGGGGUGCUGGUGAACGUGUGCGGUUCGGGUGCGGGCGCGGCGCCGGCGGCCGCGGCGGCGGCGGCGGCGCUGCGGGCGGCGGCGGAGGCCAGGGACGCGCCCGCCGCCGCGUUGCUCGCGCGCGCCCUGUGGAACGCGCACGCACACCGCCCGCUCGCGCCCGCGCACGCUCAGCUCAUCACCGCGGCACUGGCCGCCUUCGUCGAUGACGAGUCGGUUUUCACGGCGUGCACUGCAGCGCGCUCUGGCGACAGACGCGCGAGUGAUCCAGAAAUAUCCCAGCGACACCAAGUUAAGUUCGACAUGGACAACAUUCACGGCGUCUACCAAAUGGCGGACGAAGCGCCUCCCAGUGAGGCGAAAUCCGCCAGCGUCCGCGAGGACCCAGAUUCGAGGUCCGACGGCGCGGAUCUAGACGGUACCGGGUGCUCGGGCGAGGAUUUGGGCUUUGAGGAGGGGGACAUCGCGGGCGAGGAGGAUUGCAUCUGCGAGCCGUGCAGGCGGCUGGCGGCGUGGGACGAACUGGUCGGCGUGGCGAUACCACUGCUCGAGAAGCUGAGACCGCCCAGAGCCGACGCUUCAGUUGGCACCGAU